AUGAUCGUCCUAUUUAAGAUCGGCGUUCUAUACGCGCACAGAACCGAAUUCUAUAAUUUAGUUAGAUUCACGGAAGAGAACUUCUGGCACUCGAAUUACAAUCUCGAAGAGAAAUUAAUCAUAGAUGAUUGCAAAAAGCUUUGCGCUAUUUUCAUCAUUACCCUCAGCUUCUCUGCCCAAGGCACUUGCUGUGGUUACAUGGUUACACCGAUUUUAGCAAAUGUUGGGAAAAAUCAAUCGGAAAGAGUGUUACCGUUCAACAUGUGGGUCGAUUUUCCUACAGGAUUAUCGCCUUACUUCGAAGUGAUUUUUAGCGUUCAGAUACUCUGCGUGUAUCACAUAGGCGUAUGCUACAUCUGCUUCGACAGUUUCUUAUGCAUCGUGAAUCUUCACGUAGCUGGUCAAUUUCGCAUACUACAGUACAGACUGAUGAAGUUAAACGAAGAGAUCAGGCAUGGAACAAACACGCUGUCGUCCACUCUUAAUAAUAAAUUGAAAAAUUGUAUACAGUAUCAUCAAACACUUACUGAGUAUUGCGACGAGUUGGAAAACAUAUUCACAUUGAUGGUGCUUGGCCAGGUGCUGUUUCUUGCCAUUGUACUAUGCCUCGUGGGAUGCCAACUAUUUCUGAUAGAUACACCAGCCUCGAGGAACGUCAGUUUGGUCCUAAACUUGAUUGGCGUUCUCUGCCAACUUUACAUGUUCACUUAUAGCUGCGAUGGUUUGAUACAAGAGAGCAUCAAUGUUCGCAAUGCAGUUUUCAUUGGGACACCGUGGGCCUAUCUGCCCAUAGACAAAGCUGGGAAAGACGUGCGUCGGAAAGUAAUGAUGAUGAUCAUGAGAACGAAUCGAUACUCCUGCUUAACAGCCAGCGGAUUCUUUCCUGUUUCCCUGGAAACUUAUACGGGGGUUUUAAGUACGGCAUUGUCGUACUUCACAUUGCUCAGAGAAUCGUCUCGAGAUCUAGUAAAUCCAUAAGAAAAUUUACACGCCAUGACUACUUGAAGUAAAGAAAAUGUACAUGAAAUAAUCUAUUCAAUUUUUGUUGAAAUGUUCGCGAUUCUCUUCCUUCUGUGAUACCUUCUCAUACGUUGGGCAACUCCUAAUCGAUAUCUAUUAUCCAUUGUGAUA